GCAAGAAGAAACCAUGAUCUUAGUUGAAUUCGGUUGGUCAGUGAACGACCAUCUGUGACGUGAACUUCAGUUAAAGAGCCUUAUAAUGAAUUUACAUACAGCGGGUGGCGCCGUAUGUUUCCUUCUAGUCUGCACCGUCUCACUGCACGUGCACAGUGCGCCGACAGAGGGCAGCGCGUCUACACAGCAAACUGCAUCAUCCGACAGCGUAUCACCGCUAACGGUGGGGCCACUUCAAACCAGUACGCUGCCAGGAGAUAAGGAACAACUGCCCAAGGACGACACAAAGGCGAAAAGAGCUAUAUCCAGUUCCAGUGACGAGAGCGAUGAGGGGGAAGACGAUAUCACAAGCGCUACAGGACCCAAACAUGAGCCAGUGACUCGCAGACGUUCCUUAAGCAGCAUCUCCAGUGACAGAGAUAGCGACAGCGACAGCGACAGUUCAAGUAAUGAGGAAGGAGCCAAAUAUGUGAACCGAAGAAGUGCCGAUGAUGACUCCAGCAACGAGAAUGAGGAGACGGGUGAGGAUACAGCCACCGACUGCGCCUCUGAGCCCAGCGCUUCCUCUCACGAUGAGGAUGAUGGCAGCACAGAGGAAGCCGCGGACGACCCACCAUCCGAUUCAAGACGCCGAAGAGAAGCGGAAAGUAACGAGAGAGAGAAGAGAGAGGCGAAUGACGACUCCGAUGAAGAUGUGGACGGAGGGUUGACUAAGGAAGCUGCGGUAGUCUCGCCGAUAAGGAGGCGCCGUGCCCCUCAAGGCAAGGAAGACGAAGAUAUAUCAACAAAGGAGCCGAUAAACUAUGAUGACACUGUUAUGGACCCGAUUGGUGAUCGGAAGCGAGAAUCAUCAUCACCAAGGACGAGGAGGAGGCGUGAGGUUGACACAUCCACAGUGUCGAGCGUGGCUGGAAGUCCGGUGCUCGUGGUGGCCCCGUCAAAUGUUCCCGUGAAAGAGAUUCCUAAGCAACUGAACCAGACACUCGAAACUCUGAAAGACAGAAUAGACCACUUCGAGGACGAAGCGACGGCGGGGGAGCCAACGGUGCAAUCGGUUGGAGUGAUCGCAGGAGCAAGCACGAGGCAAGACAAGGACACUAUCAUCCACACCAUUUCGUCGGCACAGUACAUCGUGCAUUAGGGGCUGCACAGUUCUCGGUGAACCAAAAUGGUGACACACACACGCUCAGAACUAUGAAGCCAUGAUAUUCCAUGAUAUUUAAAAAAAAAAAUCAGUUCCUACUGCACAAAUCUGUUUGUUUAUAUUGACAAUCUUACAAAACAAUGAAAAGUUCUUAAUGUUAAAUAUGUGCUUUUAGAGAGUAAAUAUGAUGAACUCCAAAAAUACAAAAGACAAAUGCUCAGAUGAACGGUAUUGGGUAUCAGCAGAACGGCCAUCAAAACCAGAUCAGUCCCGCCAAGUCAGGGUGUGAAGGUUGGCAGGUCGCACGCUAGAAACAUAACCUCAAUCUGUGGCUAUACAGGAACCACUGUCUCUGACUGGCAAUUAUUGUUAAAUUUACUGUAAACUAUCGGCUUACCAGCUCAGAUUCUCAAGUGCCACCGUCCUUUCCUAACCUCCUUCUCCUUAGACACUGCAGCACAGGUUCCAUUCAUCCAUCUAACUUUUGGUCUCCCCACUAUCCCCUUUUUGGUGGUAUCCAACUGAGCCAGUAUGGGACAUUUUAAGAUUUGUUUGUACCAUAUACUGUUUGUUUAUAAGAAACAAUAAAUGAAAUGCAUUUUUUUA